UAGUAUGGUCUCUGCAGGACUGAAGGGCGGCUACUCUAUAUAUUUUACAUACUCAAGCCCCAAUGAAUUUCAAGGAGACAGUCAAGCAAUAUAAAGCUUACAUAGCCGCAAGCUAUUGAGUGUCUUUGUGCGUGUGUGUGCGCACUUAUCGGGGAGACAGGAGGAAGAGGGAGGGAGGGAGAUGGAAAACAAAGCACAGAAUGGUCAACUGUUGGUCUUAGUUCCAUGCCCAUAUCAAGGCCACAUAAACCCUAUGCUUAAGCUGGGUACCUUCCUUCACUCAAAGGGCUUUUCCAUUUCAAUUGUUCACACCCAUUUCAACUCUCCAAACCCUUCAAACCACCCCGAAUUCACCUUCUUUCCAAUACCAGAUGGCUUAACUGCUGAUGAGAUUUCAUCUGGGAGUGCAGUAGCUAUUAUGUUUGCUAUUAACGCCAAUUGCAAAGCGAGUUUCGAACAAUGCUUGACUGAUAGAGUGAAGGAACAAGAACCGCAGAACAAAAUCACCUGCAUCAUCUAUGAUGAAUUUAUGUACUUCUCUGAAUCUGUGGCUAAUGAUCUAAACAUUCCAAGAAUACUCUUACGCACGCAAUGUGCUACCAAUAUUAUUGCUCGCAACGCUAUUAUACGACUUCAUUCGAAAGGUUGCACUCCCUUCCCAGACUCUAUGUUACUGAACUCAGUGCCCGAGCUUCAUCCCCUCAGGUUCAAGGAUCUCCCCAUCUAUAUUUUCGACACACUUGAAAACUAUUUGAAACUAUUGACUAAUGCCAACAAUGUUAGGACAUCCUCAGCCAUCAUUUGGAACACCCUGGACUGCCUUGAUCAAUCAUCACUAGCACAGAUCCAGCAACAAUGUCAAGUUCCAAUCUUCUCCAUAGGUCCUCUUCACAAAUUUGCAACAGCAGCCACCAGUAGUUUACUAGAAGAAGACACUGGCUGUGUUGCUUGGCUUGACAAACAAUCCCAUAACUCAGUUAUCUAUAUAAGCUUGGGGAGUCUAGCAUCCAUCAAUGAGAAAGAACUAGCCGAAAUGGCUUGGGGAUUAACUAUCAGCAGGCAACCUUUUUUGUGGGUGAUCAGGCCUGGAUCAAUUUGCGGUUCUGAUUGGAUUGAGCUACUGCCACAAGGUUUACUAGAAGCUGUUGGAGAAAGAGGUUGCAUCGUGAAAUGGGCACCCCAGAUGGAAGUUUUGUCUCAUGACGCAGUGGGUGGGUUCUGGAGCCAUUGUGGUUGGAACUCAACCCUAGAAAGUAUAUCUGAAGGGGUUCCGAUGUUGUGCAGGCCGUGCUUUAGCGAUCAGACGGUGAAUGCAAGGUAUGUGAGCCAAGUAUGGAAAAUAGGGAUACAAUUGGAGAAUGAAUUAGAGAGGGGAGAGAUAGAGAGAGCUGUUAGAAAACUUAUGGUGGAUGAGGAUGGGAAGGGAAUGAGGGUGAGGGCCAGGGAGUUGAAGGAGAAAAUAGAUGUUAGUAUGAAGGGUGGCUCUACCUACCAUUCCUUGAAUGAGCUUUUGGAGCUUAUAAGGUCAUUUUAAUUGGAACAACAAGUGUUUUUUUCCCCUCAACUAAGUUCUUUGUCAUUAAAUUGAUAGUUGAGGCUUCUUGCAUCUGAUGUAAACAAACUUCUCUUUGUAGUAUAUUACUCACUCUUGGAUGAAAUUUACUAUUCCAAUGCAUUGGUUUGUACAAUCCAGACUUUACAUUUCAAAGUGGUUGAAGCAACAAUAUCAAGGUGAUUCUACGAACUAACACAAUCAUUCCACUACAAAUCAUUGAUGGAAAAUUGUUUCUCUGCUCUUCUUUCGUAGAUCGUCGCUACCAACAAAAGAGGGUGAAGAGGUUCUGUUAUAGCACAAAAUAAAGAAGAAUAGCAAAGACAGGAGGAACAACGUCAAGUGUCCAUUGCUCUGUUUCUCUAGAUUGAACUGGGUGUAUCUAACCAUUAAGUUUUUUUAUCUUUGUGAAAAGUGUUGGAAAAAUGGCUCACAUUUAGUAUGCAAGUGAAGGAGUGAGCGACCGGUAGCAAGGUUUGGGCGACCGGUCGUUUUUACACAUAUUCGAAGGCUGGAGAAAUCGCAGAAAGCGA